AUGCCGUCAAUUGUUAAUGACUUGGGCAUUAAGGGCCUGGUGUGCUUGUUGAAGGGCGGGGUGGUGACCAUCAAUGUGGUGGCGGAAGCCAAGCAGAGGCUACACUUGCAUCUGUGGCUGUGGUUGCCCGUGUUCAAUGUGUACUUCUUGUUAGAAAUUAAACCAAAUUCAUCAGAACUUGUCAACACUGGCUAUGAUGAGCUAGAGGAUGAAGCUACCUUGAACCAAAACCAGAGGAAUGCCUCAAAGAAGUCUUUACUGUGCGAUCCCAAUCCAAACUCUCCUGCAAACUCUGAAGCUGCUCGAAUGUUCAGUGAGAACAAGCAUGAACGCAACCGAAGAGUAAAGGAGAUUGUGGAGCAGAGCUGGACUGCCGAUUAA